UGGGUAGGCUACAACCUCACCUGAAUGAGCAUGAUGAAGUGGAUUUUUGUUCUUGGGGCCCUGGUGGCUUUCUCCGAGUGUUUACGGGUGCCCCUGAUCAGGGGUAAGACACCCCGGCAGACACUGCUGGAAAAGGGUCUUUGGGAGGAGUACAGGAAAAAGUUCCCAUACCAGCCCAUGGUCAAGUUCCAGCAGCAGCAGAAUGGUGUUGAGAGCAUGACCAAUGAUGCCGAUAUAGAUUACUAUGGCAUAAUCUCCCUGGGAACUCCCCCCCAGUCCUUCAGAGUUAUCUUUGACACUGGCUCCUCCAACCUGUGGGUGCCCUCUGUGUACUGCACCAGCAGCUCCGCUUGCAAAAACCAUCGGAAGUUCAACCCUGAUGUUUCCAGCACUUUCAAGAGCACUACAGAGCCUGUCCAGAUUCAGUAUGGAACUGGCAGCAUGACUGGAAUUCUGGGUUACGAAACCCUGGAGGUGGGCGGAAUCACUGUGAACAACCAGAUCUUUGGCCUGACUGAAACUGAGGGUCAGUUCAUGCAGUACAUGACGUGGGACGGUAUCCUGGGUCUUGCCUUCCCCUCCAUUUCUGCCGCUGGAGCCACUCCCGUAUUUGAUAACAUGAUGAGUCAGGGCCUGGUCUCCCAGGACCUCUUCUCUGUAUACCUCAGCAGAGAGUCUGCCACGGAAACUAAACCGGGCAGCGUGGUGAUAUUUGGUGAGAUUGACUCUCAGUACUACACCGGCACCUUCAGCUGGAUUCCUCUGACUGCAACGACCUACUGGCAGAUCCAGAUGGACAGUGUCACCAUCAAUGGAAAUGUUGUCGGUUGUGCUGGUGGAUGUCAAGCCAUUGUUGACACCGGAACCUCCCUCGUUAUUGGACCUUACAAUGACAUUCAGAACAUCAACGGUUGGGUGGGUGCCUACACCAACAACUAUGGGGAUGCUGUUGUGUCGUGUGGAAACAUCCUGAGCAUGCCCGAGGUCGUCUUCCAUAUUAACGGACAAGCUUUGACUCUACCAGCGUCUGCCUAUGUGUCUCAGGGACACAACAGCUGUACCACUGGUUUUUAUAAUGGAGGUGGCACAGCCUGGAUCCUGGGUGACGUUUUCAUCAGAGAGUUUUACACUGUCUUUGACAGGAAGUUACAAAUGGUUGGUUUUGCUCCAGCUGUGUAAAUACCAUCUUAUUGUAAAAUGAAAUAUUUUAUAAUACUUUACCUUAUUUUUUUAGUAAGAAUUAUGAGCAUGAUGAAAUGUGCACAGUGAAUCCAUAUAAACAUUUGGAAGAUUCUAAUACAUCUUUAAAAUCAGUCUUCUUUCUCAUCUAAAAGCUAUAUACACAAUACUGUACACAACCAAUGCUUGGUUUAAUAUUUAUUUUGACUGACAAAUUUAGAAACAAAACAAUCCAUCCCACAUCUGUUUGAAUAACAUGAAAUGGCACAGUGAACAUUAUUCAACCGAAAGUACAACAAAACCCCAUCUCCAACCCCAACAUUACUACAAGAGUGUGCCACCCACUUAUGUGUUAUAACAGUCAUCCGUCAGAAAACAGCCUUAGAAAGCAAACAACUCAUAGUUUCUGUGAAAUGAGAGUCUGUCAACACACUUCUGGCAACGGUAGAAUGCUCAACAGUAUCAAGGAAUUCCAGUGGUGUUUUUACUCAGGUUUUUCUUGGGCUCUGCAUGUACACAUUUGUAUUAAGCUCACUGGUUUCUUCAUGAGGCCUGAAGAAAAAAGUGAAGAGACCACUGACGUGCUUUACAAUUUUUGCCCAUUGCUUGAACACUAUAGACACAUGCUUAAACCAAAGUAGCAAAACUUGAAGCUUUUAUUACAAUACCUUAAACACAGUGUAACCAUACCUUAAACAAAAGCGCUGCUUUGCACUUCAGUUGCAAUUCUGCAACACACUUGCACCUUUCUGCAACACACUUGCUCCUGCACACUACACACUAUUUCAUACAUAAGACACUUCGUUCAUAAAUUAAAUCUCAUGGGUACCAUUGGGACAACACAUCUAUUCAAAAUACAAAACACGUCGGGUGAUUGAAAACACUUAGACACACAUCUGAAAAUACUUAUUUACAAAACUGAACACCAAUCUGCCAGCCACAAAUAGGCCUCAGUUGAGCCAUUUUGAGAACAUUGCAAGCAUGGAGGCAGGGAGAGCAAAAUGAAGAGGAAGAGGAAGACAACGAGAGAGAGGAGUAGGAGGUGGUCGAAGAGGUUAUGCACGGAACAAUAUUUCAGAUGAUAUUAGAGAAACUUUGGUGGAUCAUGUGAUAAAUCAUGGCCUGACAAUAAGGGAAGCUGGGCAGAGAGUCCACCACAUCUAAGCCUGUUUUACAGUAUGUUUUGUGUGUGUGUGUGUUACUGCAUUUACUGUACUGUACUGUAAAGUAUAGUACUGUCAUGUACAUUAUUGAGUUGAUGCCAUUUGUAACCUUUCAGUACUUUCAUUUUUGUUUUUUGUCAAAACCUUUGUUGUAAAAACAUAACAAAAACUGUAAGUGUUGCAUUGAGCUUCACAGAAUGCUAAAUGAUAAACUGAAUGAAAGCAGUGAAAAUUAAAGA